GUGCGUCUCCCCUCACAAACUCACAACGUGAUGAGACGUGCUAGGUAACGGGUUUUUAUGUGCUUUUUUUUUUGUAUUAAAACUUUUUUUGUAUGCCAAUUUGUCCAAUACGUUCGUAGUGUUUCGAUGCCGUAUUCUAUCUCAUUCCGACCUGGGAGACGCACAAUUGAUUGGCCGAGGAAAAACGACUUGGUUUUUGCCGAAGAGUGUCUGCUUCCCCUCCCCUCGAUGAAGCGCUGCGAUGCCCUCUGAUUUUGUCUCCCUCCUCAGCUCGGAUCUCGAUCUCAAUUCCCCCAAAUCUCUCUACUCUAAAGAGUCUGUAUAUGACCUCCUCCCCAAAGAGCUCCAGCUCCAGCAGUCAUCCACCCAGACCGACUCAACCACCAUGAGCCAGAAGAGCGGGGGAGAGGCGGGGCCUCCUCCAUCGGCAGCCUUGGCUUCAGAUGCCACAUCUUCCACCUCCAACCCCUCUGCCUCCUCCUCCUUGGCCAUGGGAGCCCCAAGCUCCAUUGGCCCGUCCUCUUCCGACCAUCUCAAGGCCCCCCAGCAUCUUCACCCGACUGGAGGGGAUGGAGCUGUAGCGUCAGAAGUGCAAGUCAUGGAGGCAGGAGCUCCCAACAGGAGCAACAGUGGAGCUGGCACUGCAGCUGGAGAUCCUGGGUCAGGUCUAGGAGCUCAGCAGCCUCAGAACACUCCAUCAAAGCGGAGACCUGUAUUGAGCAUAUCCCCGCCACCUGAGGACCUGUUCGAUGACAGUCAGAUGUCCUGCUUAGAAGAGACCCCUGUAGCCGGGGCACCGGGGCCAGAGUCGGAGCAAAGCAGUAGCAUAUGGGCCGAUGACUCGGUUUCCAACUUCAGUUUGGUUAGCUCCUUCUCCUACAACGACAACACAGAGGUGCCGCGCAAAUCAAGAAAACGAACCCCUCGCCAGCGGCCGGGCCCCAAGCCUGCUCCCCCAGAGGACAGCAUGGAUGUGUUUGACGCUGACAGCGCCAAGGCGCCUCACUUUGUCCUGUCCCAGCUCGGCCCGGACAAAACUAGUCCCAUGACCAGCUCUCUCGAGUCAGGGAUCGCGGUCAAGGGUGGAUCGCUAGCUACUCAGUUUCCUCAGAGAAGCAAUGGGAAGGAGCUAAAGAUGUUGGUGCAGCCUGAGACCCAACACAGGGCUCGGUAUUUGACCGAGGGCAGCCGAGGUUCUGUCAAAGACCGCACACAACAAGGAUUUCCUACCAUCAAGUUGGAGGGUGUUAGCGAGCCAGUAGUGCUGCAGGUGUUUGUAGCAAAUGACGCAGGCAGAGUGAAGCCUCACGGUUUUUACCAGGCAUGCAGAGUGACUGGUCGCAACACCACUGCGUGUACGGAAGUAGACAUUGAGGGCACCACUGUUAUCGAGAUUCCACUGGAGCCCAGCAAUGAUAUGACACUUGCGGUAGACUGCGUAGGAAUUUUGAAGCUCCGUAACGCUGAUGUGGAGGCGCGUAUUGGUGUGGCAGGAUCCAAAAAGAAGAGCACCCGGGCUCGAUUGGCCUUUAGAGUCAGCAUUCCCCAGACGGAUGGAUCCACCCUCACCCUACAAGUCACCUCAUCACCCAUUCUCUGUACUCAACCAGCGGGAGUACCAGAGAUCCUGAAAAAGAGUCUCCACAGCUGCUCUGUAAGAGGAGGAGAGGAAGUUUUUAUCAUUGGAAAAAACUUUCUCAAGGGAACCAAAGUUAUUUUUCAGGAGAAUAUUGCAGAUGAAAGCUCCUGGCAAGCGGAGGCUAAUAUUGACAUGGAUCUUUUCCAUCAGAAUCAUUUGAUUGUCACAGUUCCUCCCUUCCACAACCAAUCAAUAACUUCGCCAGUUUCUGUGGGGAUUUUUGUGAUGACCAAUGCUGGUAAAUCACAUGAAGCUCAACCUUUUACAUACUCUCCAGACUCAGUUGAUAAUACAGAUGCUCAAGCAGUAAAAACUGAGGAACCUUCCUUCAAGACAUGUAUAUUUGACGGUCAGAUCCAAACUGUGUCUUCUGACCAAACUGACUGCUCUAGUCAGCCUCCGAAAAGGCAAGAGGACACACCGAUGGAAGUAUCUAGCAAUCCACAGCCCACAAACGUGUUCAAGCAAUCGCCUGGCCCGGUUGUUUCGGUGCAGCAGACACUUGAGCUCAGCUCUAGCCCUCAUUCAAGCGGGGAGUCAUUUCAGAGCUCUAUGCCCCUACAACCUGAGGAUGUAGAGCUUCCCCAGGCACCCUCUGUCUUUCCUAGUCUAGAGUCUCUAAACACAAUACAAAAACAAGACAUUGCCCCAACAGCAUCCUUUCCAAUGUCAGGAGAUCCAACCAUCCCCCCGGUGACACCAGAAGUCCCCCAGCAGUUCCUUAGAGACCCUCAGGAAAGCAUCCCUUCUGAAAAUUCUACCAGUGGUGGGGUUGUGGUUGUAGCCAUGUCCCAAAUAGCAGCACCCUCGCCGCCCCAGCCACAGCAGUCACAAGUUCCAUUAUUUGCCCAGGAAGGCGUAGCUCAGCUGGAGAGGGCAGUAAGGGAACUCCAGGCUGGAGGUAACACCACACUCCAGCAGGUUAUAGAGGCAGCUGUAGCCCAGCAGCAGCAGCAACAACAACAGCAGCAGCAGCAGCAACAGCAGCAGCUAAAUUCAGUGCUUUAUAGCCCUACAUCCGUUGCAGACACACUUCAACAGCAUGUCCAAGAGAACAUGAAUAGUCUUAGGUUGGGCGCUACAGAUAGUUCACUGUCACCACAGCAACAGCUGCAGAUACAGCAACAGCAAAUGCAACAACAGCAUCAGCAAAUGCAACAACAACAGCAGCAGCAACAGCAGCAAAUGGAACAGUUUCAACAACAGCAAAUACUUGGUAACCUUCAACAGCAACAACAUCAUCUCCAGCAGCAACAGCAGCAAGUCCUUGGAAACAUGCAGAUUCAACAACAACUUCUACUACAGCCGCAAGACCAACAGCAACUACAGCAGCAACAGAUUCUGGAAAACAUUCAACAACAACAACAACAGUUGCAGCAGAACCAGCAACAAGUUCUAAACAACAUCCAACUUCAAGAUCAACAACAAAAUCAAAUGUUAAGCAAUUUGCAACAGCAUCAGUUACAACAGCAACAGAGCCACGCACUGAGCAACCUGCAGCAUCAACAGUUGCAGGAACAGCAAGUUUUAGAAAACCUGAAGCAGCAAUUUCAGGCAGAGUUGCUCCAGCCUCAGAUCCAUUCCAAUCCCCAAGUCCAGCAGCCGGUCUCCCUCCUUCAGCAACCUGGUGAAAUGCUUACCAUCCAAACCAGCUUCCCAACCCAGCCACCAUCGCAUACGUCACCCCCACAGCAGCUAUUCCAGUCCCCCAGGCCUAUUGCAGAGACCCAGAGUUCCCAACAGCAGGUUCAAGCCGCACUCCUCCAGAACACCCUGACAGUCUUGACAGGCGGCAACCUCAACACAGAGCAACAAUCCACUGGGUCAGCCCUGUAUCUAUCGCCGAGCUCUCAGUCUCAGCAGCAGCAGCAAUUGGCCUUCAUUUCCACCAUGGAGACGUCCAACAGUCAGCCCCAACCCGUUGCCAUGUUUCAUAACCAGCCUCAAGCUCAGCUUUCGCAAAUGCAACACCAAAGCACCCCCAUGGAACAUCAGCAAUCACCGCAGCAAAAUCAACAGCAGUCACCGCAACUUUCCAUUGGCCAACAGGGCUCUUUGUUCCAAAGCAUACCGAACCAUUCGCAAGCUAACCCCCUCCCCCAGAAUCAGCUCUCCCAGCCACAACAGACAGGUCUCCUCCUCUGCACGGCAGAUCUAAAUCCUCAAACUAUCAUUUUCAGCACCCAGACCCAAGGAUCAGCUCCAAUGGGCAGCAUCCCAGUUGGACUUUCCCAACCAGAAACAGCCGAGCCAAUGUCCUUCCAGGAUCAGAGCUCCUUGGCUAACACCUCGACAUCCACUCAGAACCAACAGCAAAGCAUUUUUCAGGAACAGCAGCCCAUGCAAGUGGGCACAAGUUCUUCUAGUGUCCCCAACAAUCAGUCUGUGGAGCUAUUCCUGCCCCAGGCGUCCCUGUCUGGCCUACAGAGUACGCUCGGUUCGCAGGAGCUAAACAACCAGGCUACAGCUCCUGGCACGACCAUUUUUGUGGUCCAAAGUACUGUAGGCGUGGUGGACAGCCCGGGCCAACAGCCCCCAGAACAGCUUUUCCAGACAAACGUGGGGGAAAAUGUGGCCCAGCGAGGACCAGCCAACUUGUUUGUGUUUGGCAUCCAGAAUGACACUCCCCAGCUGCUCAACUCAUCUGGCUCAACCCUUCCAGUUCAGAACCAGUCCCAGAACACAGGCCACAUGCAGCCUCUCAUGGAACAACCCUUGGCCCAGGCAGCACCAACCAUGCACAGCAGUCUACAGAGCAGCCUGCAGGCACACAUGCAGACCAGCCUGCAGAACGCCAUGCAGGCCAACACUCAGGUGACCUUGCAACCCGUUUUACAGGCCAGCAUAGACACAAGCCUGCCAACUCCCAUGCAGACCAAUCUACAGAUACCGAGCAGUUUACAGAAUACACUGCAAGGCUCCAUAUCGGCGGCGGCCGACAUGGGCAAAAUUGAGGACCUACUGGAAAGUCUGCAGAAGCAGUGACGUUUGUGUGCGUGCGGACCACGUGGAGAGAAGGUAGCCAUGUUCUCCUAAAGUCGAGCUUGACUGGCUGACGCAUGGUGUUUUGUGCCAAUGCCACAAAAUUUGAAAAUAAGUAUAUUUAAGAAAGAAAUGCCCCCCUUUACCUUAAAAAACAAAAACAAAUGAGCUUAUGUAACUCACUUUUAUUAACUAUUUAUCAUAAAUUAUAGCCUUUGUAUAUCCAUUGUCCUUGAAUUGAUGUUCUGCCUUUUGUUAUUACUCCUCUUGCAGGAUCAGAGAGGCCUGUAAUAGCUGCUUUAGUCGUGACAAAUGCAGUGUUUUGCUUUUCAAGAGUCUUUUAAUAUUGUGGGCCUAGGAGAGGGGGGCAAAUCUACCUGUUUUUUUGGAUGAAAAAACUGGAAGGAAGAAUGUCAAAACUGGGGGAACUUCUAGAGCAGUGAGCAGGCAAAAGUCGCUUUCACAGUUAGGCAAGGACUAAAACUGAUUGUAGACAAACAUUGGGCUGAAUCUCAUUUUUUGGAGUGUGGAACUGCUAAAAAUAUCUACUUUGCUUUGAAAGGUGAUUCUUGCAGAUUCUUUGCUUACUUUUUUCACUGAAAUCUGCUCUAAUGUUAUGUAUAUUUGAAGGGAAGGCCCUUUGAAAAUAAAUCCACAAACUAUUACAGUGAAUCCCAAUUAUUCCAAGGGGUGUGUAUGUUCCAGACCCACUCCUGUAAAUCUCCAAUCUACAAAGGACCAUAGUGGAACCUCAAUUUGAUGGACCUGGAACCAACAGACUCUAGAUUUAACAUUCAAAAUCUGCUGCAAUAGUAACGGCUUACUGAAACUCUAAAUGUCUGCUCGUAACAAGCGUGUAUAAAGGCUUCGAAUGACGAUGGCGCUUCUGAGCAUGCGGCUGGGCUGGGAGUCUUAAGGUCGCCUACUCGACAUCCACUGUUUGAUAGAGCGCUUGUCUUUUAUUCACAUUUGUUAAAUAUUCUAUACUAUUUAGGGGUAAAAUAAGCAUACAGCACACUGACCAUGCUGUUGCAGACAAAUUAGGCUUUCUGUGGCUAUUGUGAAGGCUCACUAUACAAUUUGGGCAUUUUCAUCCCAUCAAACCCAUCAAAGCAAUGUUUAAAGGUUUAGUAAAAACAUAUCAAAUAUUUUCAAUUAAGAUUUAUUUACAGUAAGUUUUUUUUUAGCAUGGGUGCUACCGUCGUUAUAAACCUUAAAGCAACUUCUUUAAAGCAUGAUAGAGUAACGCGUACAGAGCAUACAGCAAAAGAAAGCUAACUCGAAAAAUAUUCAUGUUUUCUCUAAAAAUGUCCGCUUGCUUAAUGCUAACAUAAACUAAUAAUAACGUUUAGACUGGCUGAAGGAAAUUCAUGUAGAUGUUACGUUUAAUAUAACACUUCUGAACUGUCCGCUUAAUGAUCUGCGAUGUAUCCGGGAACUCAACUGAUGAAUUGAAACAGAGUGGGGUUCACUGUAAUAGUCAAAAGUAUUAUGAAGCACAUUUGUCUUCAUUGACUCAAGUUGAACACUCCUGAAUGAGAUUGAACCCGGUUGAAUACUGUGACUUCUAUCUGUAUUUCCAAACAACUAUGAAGUUUGAUCUUUUUCCCCCAAAACUAUGUGGAUAGAAACUUUAUACUUUGAGUGUCGUGUGAUUUUAUAGACAUUUUAUCUCAAGCACUUUAUAACCUCCUCUGUGUAACCAGCUAAUCCUUACAUCCAUCCAUGCAUCCAUCCACACAAGGAAACAAACGGGCAUCACAAUGGUAAGAGGGAGGGGGGGGGGCAGUCUUUACAAUAAAAACAUAACUGAGCAUCUUAUCAAUAGUUUGAACGUUUAGGCCGACUUAGUAUUGAAAGAUUGAAAAAUAUAUCCUAGGUUUUACUGUAAUGGCAUAUGAGGGCCAUAUUUAAAAUCCCAGAAUUCCCUUGCAAUUAUAAUAACAUUUUAAGAGGGUUGAAUGUCACUAUAAGAAGUCAGAAUAUUACGAGAAUGAACUCAUGAAGUUGCUCGUCAAAUUAUUAUUUUUUAUUCCAUUAUCCGAAACAUUGCGACUUUUUUGCCCCCGAUUUUUCAGUGGCCCGCAUACUGCGGCAGUUCAGUCCGGACGCGUACACAUCGGCCAUUCCCUUGCAGUCGUUAUUUGAAUCCGUAUUGUCCAGUCCCGUGUUGGCUAUUGUUAUUUUCUAUCUUUCCCCCCAUAGAUGUAACAUUGAAGUGUUUUUUUUGUUUUUUGUUUUUUCAUACUGUGUGGAAGUUUUAAAGAGUAGGCAGGCGGCAGCACAUGACGUUGGCACCUUCUGACUUUUUCUUGAGUAACUACAAUGUUGGACGUGUUCAUUUUGGUUCUGUGGUGCCAUGUUUGGGCACCGGAAUAAUCAGUGUGAUAACAUUUAUCGUCUUCUGGUUGUUGCUUUGAAGCAGUGGUCAAACCAAAGCUCCUGACGUUUUAUUUUUAAAAUGCCCUCAUCAUCGUGUCUGCUCAUUUCUACUUGCAACUGUUGAGUAUACAGUCCAGAGAAAUAUGUUUUAAAGGGUACUCUAAAGAACAUUUCUGCCUAUCUGAUCAUUCAAAAACAGCGUCGCAACAUCACGCUGCAGUACAUACUUAAGCAUAUCUCUAACAACAUCAAAAAUGGUGUUUCACUCAUUUGUUUACAUUUUUCAUCUUUACUCUAGUCCUGUCGCUGUCCGUGAUCCAUUUUAAAGUAAAUUAUCUUUUUUAGACUUUUGUAUCCAUAUAUCAAAGUGUAGAGUAUUUUUGUAACUUAAACAAACGAAAGGUGUUAUUUGAUUCUCACAAUGCAGAAUAGUUAUCGGUGCUGGUAUUUUGCCCGAAAGCUAGCACAGGUGUGUUGUGCUCAAAGUAAGUCCAGAUUGAACAGAUUCUUUUUUUUCUUGUAUACAGGGGAUCCUUGGUUUACGACUGAGUGUUGGUCAUUCGGUGGUGACUUAACCCAAAUUUGUAUGUAAUGUGUGGUCUGUCAGAUAUUUAUAGUAAUAAAGCCAUAAUUACAGUUAAUAUUAGUUUUAAAACACUUUUGGGACACAAUUACAAAAUUGAUAAAAUAGUUGAAUCCAGAGAUGGGAACUCGAGUCACUGUGACUUGGACUCGAGUCGCUGUUUUGAUGAUUUGUGACUUGACUUGACAAAAAAUGAAAAAACUUGAGACUUGACUUGGAAGUUAAAGACCGCUGUUUUGAUGAUUUGUGACUUGACUUGACAAAAAAUGAAAAAACUUGACUUGACUUGGAAGUUAAAGACUCGUGACUUGACUUGAGACACGAUGACUUGAAUGACUUCAGUGUUAUUUAGUUCAUGUUUUCAGUUUGAAUAUAAAAUUAAUAAUACAUUUAAAAGAAAUAUCAAUAACAUGGUAGGAGCGCAGGCUGAGAAUGGCGUUGUCAUGAUUGGAUCGGACACUACCUUGUCAAUCAGUCGUGCCCUCUCUACCUACCAAACGUGUUUACUAGAGAGUCACGGCCCUUUAUAUCAGACAUGCGCAAACAUGUCAGCGGGAGCGGUACCGCGAGUCAUCACCUUCGGCUAUCGCAAUUACUUUUAUGACGGACAGCACAGUGCGAGAUAUGCAACAAAAACAUUUCGGACGGCCAACUUCAAACUUUGUAUGUCAUUUGAAGAGCCAUUCUGCCAAGUAAGUGCUUUUCAUUUAUCUAAAUAGGUGUGUAUAUAUAGCUUUAAUGCAAUGAAUAUGAUGAUGAAACUGAAUUAAGUAAAUACGAUUUAAUAUGGAGCAAAUUAAUAAAUAAAAACUACAGUUAACUUGACUUGGACUUGACUUGACCUAUUUAAGGACUUGACGAAAAAAAUGACUUGGGACUUACCGUAUUUUCCGGACUAUAAGGCGCACCGGACGACUAUAAGGCGCACCAUUAAUGCAUCAUGUCAGAUUUUUAAUCCAAAUCAAAUCAUUCUCCAUUUUAUCUAUUUUAUUUCAACUUCAGAUGCAACAAAUGACUUUAUAAUCACAAAAUAAUGAUCCAUAGUCUUUUUGAUUCAUGAUUCAUAGUCUUCAGCAGACCACUUAUGCUUGAUUUCAUGACACAAUGCUUCGGGCUAGUUUGAAUUUAGGAAUUUAGUUCAUAUAUAAGGCGCACUGGACUAUAAGGCGCACUGUCUGCUUUUGAGAAGAUUUUAGGUGCGCCUUAUAGUCCGGAAGAUACGGUACUUGAGACAUGAAGGUUAAGACCUGAGACUUGCACAUGUGUGACUUGGUCCCAUCUCUGGUUGAAUCCAUUUAUUGGUUUGAUAGUCUUGCAGAUAUUAACAAAAGUGUUUUUACUUCUGGAAAAAUGACCACUUUUUCAACUUUUGGGAUGCGCAAAAGGAAAAAUAAUAAACCUUUCAAGUACUUCUUUUCAUUGUGUUACUAUAUUUCGAGGACCUUAGUCAUUGUUUGGUUGGCCUUAUUGCAAAAAGAUAUUAAGUAAAAAUAUAGGGGAAAACACUCAUCGGCCAUUAAUAUAGCACAAACAAAAGUAUGUUUUUGCUCACCGUGAAUUUCCUAGCCUGAAAUGUGGUACGGCGUAAACCUCGGAUCCCGAUAGUAAUGACCCAGUGUGCGCUGUCGCUGGUGGCAUUUUCUUUUUCUCCCAUCAAUUCUUGGUCAAGCAUCUCUCAAGUGGCUUUAAUUUUUUUUUUAACUUAUCCAGUAAACUGUAGGCCAGGUUAGAGUACACUAGUCAGUGACGUUUACAAGCAUUCCAUUCCUCUUGAUUAUAGAAGGAACUAAAGAGCACAUGUGAGAAAAGUAUGCUUAAAGCCAUACUAGAAGAAGAAAGUGAGUGAGCUUCGGUUUCAUGAAUGUAAUUGUUUUACCUCAUGCUCUGUGCACAUCAGACCAAUUUGCGGAGAACGUUUUGUGGCUAAUGUGUACAUUUUCUCAUCAUUGUCGGUCCUGAAGAAGAAAAACUCAACUGAAGCAGGGGGGUGAAAGCACACAAAACCUUUUACACACACUUCUGUCUUUCACUGUUCUGUGAAUGAAUAUCCGUGUAUAUUUAAAUGUGAAAUAUACUGCAGGGGUAUGUUGAAUUUCAACAGUGGCGCUUUCAACAGAACUUUGUGUGCCUUGACUGAAAGAAAAAAAAAAAAGAAAAGGUUGUCUCUGCUGUUAACUCGCUAUACUCCCCACUUUUGUAUUUUUACAGCCCACACUGUUUGUUUUACUGCUAAUGUUUGUUUUUUUAACAACCGUUGCAUGAUAUUCUAUUUUGGGUGCCUCAUGAGAUUGAAUUGAGGUUUAAAAAAGGGACAGAAUAAUGGCAAUUGUUUCCUUGCAAGGGUGUUUUUGUGCUGCCGCGCUUUCACUGCAUUUACUGUCGCUGUGAAAUGCAAAAAAAAAAAAAGGUUACUGUUCAUUGCCAAUAGCGUGAGCCGUAUGUCGUCCUGUUGUAGUCAAAAGGAGCUUACCCUCUGUUUGCUUUCUCACACUCUCUCAGUUGUGUGCGUGUUUGUUUUUGUGUGUGCGUGUGUGUGCGUAGUAUAUAUAUUUAGCCUUACAGCCCUGCAUUAAGGGAUAAUGGUCAAGCACCCCAGUGUGUUAUCAUUCAUCUGAAUUAUUAUUAUGUAUUUGGCCUUGGUCUGGACAUUUGUAUACUCUCUUCAGUUUGUCUCUGUAAUCCUGCUGCUACAUUAAAUUAAAUAAAAAAUGAAUAACAAA